AUGCCUUCCCCUCCUCCCGACGAUGGACCAACUGCUGAUGCCUCUGAUGAGCGUGACGCGACUGGUGAGGGUGAUACAGAGCCAGUUCCUGUAAAGCGUGGUAGAGGUCGCCCUAAAGGCUCAAAAAACAAGAAACCUGCUGCCAGUGCCCCAGCCGAGCCAUCGUCAUCUGCUCCUCGAAAGCGUGGUCGACCCCGAAAGGAACCGAAAGAAGAGGAACCAAAGGACGACGAUGACUCUGAUGCUGAGGGCUCACCACCACCGCAAAAGAAACGUAGAGGGAGGCCACCAAAACCAGUAGACCCCGAUGCUCCCCCAAAGAAACGAGGAAGGCCAAAGAAGGCUGCUGCCUCUGACGAUGCCUAA